UUAUUGUUAAUAUUGUUUUGUUUUUAGUUUUGUAGUCUCUGUUGAGUAGUUUUUUUUUUUUUGCUAGAAUAGUGAUUUAUUUAGAAAAAAUAAUAAAGAAUGGACUGCCCGAUUCAUUGCAAACUUGACGGUAUUCCAAUAAUGCCGACACCGAGGGAUGUGAGUGCAAUCGACCCGUACUGCUGCAACAUGAGGAGGGAUUCAUGGUUCAUCGAAAGCGACGACAUAUCGGCGACUGAGUCCGACUUUUUUCGUCCGCCCCUCGACCCUUGGAGGAUGAAGUAUUAUCCGUGCGCUGAAAACUUCAUGUACGGCCCCCAGCCAGCCGUCGAGUUCAUGCCGACAUAUCCACCUCCUUUCCCGCCUCCCGUGUCGCGCCACCCGCCGAAAUUCGCGAGCUCCUCUUCGUCCUCGUCGGGCAGUCUGGCAAAGGCCAAGCAUUAUUUCUGCCCGAGAUGUUUUCGCUAUGGUGUCCGAGAGCCGAUCGACUUAUCGACCAACUUGAAUCCGUCGAUGCGAUUUCAAAAUGUGACCACGGUUCAGAAGUCGGACGACAUCAUGGUACCUUCCAGAAACCGUCAAAAUCAAAAAAACCUAAGAGCCUCCUACGAUGGUGAUCUUUGUUCAAACAAUUAUAGCUUUAUACAUGAAGUCAACUCUCCUUCUAAUGACAGCUGUACAAAAGUAAACAACAAAGAACUAAAAAAAAUUAACAUGUCAUCUUCAUCACUGAUUGUACAUAAGAAGAACGCCAGACGAACAAAGUUAAGAUACAUUGACAGUAUUAAGAAUGUCUGCUUCAUGUAAAUAAAAUAAAGGCGGCGCAAUAAGGGCUGGCCAGAUGACGCAUUUAAAUACUAUCGAGUUUUAAAUGUAACAUAGUUUACAAAUAAAUACUUAUUUAAAACUA